AUGAAGGAUAUAUUCGCUAACUUCUUCAAGCACGGUUUCCUCGAGAAGCCCGAGGAAUGGGCAAACCUGGGACAGGGUGCGCCUGAAGUCGACGACAGCAUAGAAGGAUGCUUCGAGAGGCCAAGCGAGGUCGACAUCUCCGCUCAUGGCAGAGAGUAUGGUCCAACUGCUGGUAUCAGGCCCCUGAGAGAAGCGGUCGCGAAACUGUACAAUGAGCACCAUCGCCGGUGGAGGAAGAGCCAGUACACAUGGGAGAAUGUGUGCAUUGUGCCUGGUGGUCGUGCGGGUUUGAUCCGUAUCGCCGCUGUGCUGGGCAACUGUUACUUGGGAUUCUUCAUUCCUGACUACACGGCUUACAACGAGAUGCUUUCGCUCUUCAAGAACAUCGCGGCCAUUCCCAUCCCUCUGGGCGAAGCUGACCAGUACCACAUGUCGCCCGACAAGAUCGCCGAGGAGAUUGCCCGUGGUACUUCCGUCAUUCUCACAUCAAACCCCAGGAACCCGACCGGUCAGAUGAUCACGAACCCCGAAUUGGCUCAGAUCCAGAACAUCUGCCGUGACCGCGCUACGUUGAUCAUGGACGAGUUCUACUGCGGAUACAACUACACGACCAACUGCGAUGGCACCGUCAUCUCCGCAGCAGACAACGUCGAGGACGUCGACGAGGAUGACGUGCUCAUCAUCGACGGUCUGACCAAGCGCUUCCGCCUCCCAGGAUGGCGAGUAGCGUGGGUUAUCGGCCCCAAGGAGUUUAUCCAAGCCAUUGGCUCCUGCGGUUCCUACCUCGACGGCGGGUGCAACGUGCCGUUCCAAGAAGCGGCCGUAGAGAUGCUCUCGCCACCCAAGGUGCGCAACGAAAUGCGCGCGCUGCAGAUGCACUUCCGCACCAAGCGCGACUUUGUCAUUGGGCGGCUGCAGGAAAUCGGCUUCAAGUUCCCGUACAUGCCCAACUCGACCUUCUACCUGUGGCUUGAUCUGUCUGGUCUGCCAGAGGGCAUCAACGACGGGCUCAACUUCUUCCAGGCGUGUCUGGAGGAGAAGGUCAUUGUCGUGCCGGGUAUUUUCUUCGACUUGAACCCUAGCCGGCGUAGGGAUUUGUUCGAUAGUCCUUGCCAUCACUUUGUUAGGCUGAGUUACGGCCCGAGGAUGGAUGUGCUGGAGAAGGGAUUGAACUCGAUUGAGAGGAUUGUGACCAAGUACCGUGAGAACCCGCAGAGGCAUCACCAGAUGGCUGUCAGGCCCCGUGGCGGCCAGCAUUAGAGGAUCACACAUUGUCGGCAUGGUUCGAUAUAUUCCCCACGAGUAAGAUACAAUGACGUGAUUUCGUGUCAAUACACGUCUUAGCUAGGUUCGAGGUGUACCAGGCUGUUGCAUCAGAUAUAUAUUGACCUUGUUUGUGCAUUUGCCUUUAUUCAGGGGGGCAGAACCUGACCCUACUUGUUGUUUUUUUACUGUUCGAUCAAUCGAAUAGGACAAGGCUGGAAUUCA